AUGGCUGGAGGCCGCAAGCAGCCUGCGCCGUCUCCCCAGCCGCAGAAGACGUUAGUCAUCGAUAACGGCGCGUCGACGCUCAAAGCUGGGCUGGUCAGCGGUUCCGAGGCCGGCGAGCCGCUUGUGAUUCCCAACUGCAUCGCGCGCGACCGAUACAAGAAGAUUUAUGUAGCACAAGAGGUCGACAAGUGCCGCGAUUUCAGCGAGAUCCUGUUCCGCCGUCCCGUCGAUAGAGGUUUCGUGGUCAACUGGGAGGCGCAAAGGGACAUAUGGGAUCGCCAGUUCCUCUACGCUGACGGCCCGCUGAGAUGCGACCCCGGCGAGACGAGGCUAAUUCUGACCGAGCCUCCCAACAGUCUUCCUGUUUUGCAGUCAAACUGUGACCAAAUUGUCUUUGAGGAGUAUGGAUUUGUGAGCUACCAUCGUGGUAUCGGUACGUGCCACAACUUUUUCUGCGCGCGUGUGAGCGUGCUUAGUCGAAAGUAUAGUGUAGAAACUAACGAUGCUUGCUGUGUUCUUCCAGGGUCAACCUUCAAUGCCUACCACGACCUCCAAGACAUAUUUCGAACACCGCUUGAUUACCCCGGAGUGACAAACACCCCCGCUGAAGUGAUGCUUGUCGUGGACUCGGGCUAUUCACAUACGACCGUGACGCCACUCCUUGGCGGCCGACCCCUCCACUCGGCGGUCCGACGGCUCGACGUCGGCGGGAAGCUCUUGACCAACUACCUAGCGCGGCUCCUUUCUCUUCGACACUUCGAUAUGCGUAACGAGACAUACAUUGUCAACGAGAUGAAGGAGGUGGCUUGCUUCGUGUCGAGCGACUUCAAGGCUGACAUGGAGAAGUGCUGGAAGGGCACUCGCGGGGAGAAGCGCCCUGAUUUUCUGACAGGCGGCGGGAUAGCCAAAGAGUACAUCCUUCCGGAUUUUGACACCCGGUCCAAAGGUCUCCUAUGCGACUACGAUCCGGCCAGGCAUUCCAAGGCCCGUCGGAUGACUUCUGGCACGCAUGUGGACGAGGAUGCCCUGACCCUCCGUAGCGAGCGCUUUGCCAUCCCCGAGCUUCUCUUUAACCCUUCGGACAUGGGGAUGCGCCAGCCUGGACUCCCGGCCCUGAUACGCCAGUCACUCGAAUCUCUCCCGACUGGCCUGUGGCCCGGUCUGCUAGCAAACAUUGUCGUCGUCGGCGGCAAUACUCUGUUCGACGGCUUCAUACAGAGACUCCAGCAGGAGAUUGUCCAACAAUUCCCCGACGACUGUGUCGUCAGGGUAGCCCGCUGCUCCGACCCUAUCACCAGUACAUGGCACGGUGCUGCUAACCUGGCAAGACACCGCGAUAUUGAGACGCUCAGUGUCACUAAGCAAGAGUACGAUGAGCAUGGCCAAUCACGGAUCGCUCGCAAGUUCUCUCUGGGACCCGGCUUCGAGUGGGUAUGA